GACCUCGGCCGCGCGCUGGACGCGGCCCUGGCCCACCACGGCUGGCAGCACCUGGAGGUCAGGCAGCUCGCCGAGGACCAGUGGUCCGUCGCGGGCGCCUGCCUGCGCUUGAGGCUCGACGCGGGGAGGCCUGCCCCGAGCUCCGCGCAGGCGGUGCGCAUCGCCGCCUCGGACGACGGGGGUCGCACCUGGGAG